AUGAAGUUCGGACGUUGUCUUUUAUCAUCUUCAACUAGUAAAUUUGCAAGGUUUCAGAGUGGCAGACUUGGAAAUCGAUUAAAAAAUGCUAUCGACACAAAAAUGGCGGCAAAGCAAAAUUAUACGCAAGAAGGAGCUGAACUUAGGCCAAAAAGCCAUUUAUGGAGAGCAGUAGCAUUUACAGCUGCGACUGGCCUCACAACUUUUUCAAUUGCUUCUAUAUCUGAAUACAAAAAUACCAAAAAGUCAAUCCAAGAUCUCAAUGAUGUUUUGAUAGAAUUUAAACGAAUAUAUUUUGGACGACAAGAAUCUAUGAAACGAGUGGAUCCUUUAAUUGCUACUCUAAUAGCAACAAAUGUUGCAGUACUUUCUCUUUGGCAUUUUUCCAAAUUCAGUAAAUUUAUGAGCCUUUUCUUUACAAAUGGAUUUGCAUCAAAACUCCUUUGUUUACCAAUGUUAUUGAGUGUGUUUUCACAUAGCCAUUCUCUACAUAUGUUUGCGAAUAUGUACGUACUGAACAGUUUUUCAAAUGCAACACUUCAAUUUUUGGGAAAGGAGGAGUUUCUAGCUUUUUAUUUGACUGGCGGGGUUUUUGCUUCACUUGUUUCACUCUGUGUUAAAUCUUUUACAAAAUCUUUAUUGCCAUCUCUUGGGGCAAGUGGAGCUAUUGCUGCUUUAAUUGGUUAUGUUUGUAUCGUGGCAUCAGAUGCUAAAAUUAGUAUUAUAUUCCUUCCACAAUUUCAAUUUUCUGCUGGAAAUGCUCUAAUUGGAAUUCUUUUAUUUGAAACUGCAAUGCUUUUUGUUGGAAUAUUUACAAAAUUUAGACUUUUUGACAAUGCUGCUCAUUUGGGUGGACUUCUUUUUGGAAUUUGGUAUGCUGAAAGAGGCGAAGAAUUUUAUCGUCACACUUUUGCACCUAAAUUAGUCAAUUAUUGGCAGAUUUCUGGCCUAGGCGGAUCUAAAAGGGAUGAUACGCCUGUUAUAAUUUUUGAUGGGAAAAAACAUAUUCAUACAACAAUGGACAAAUUACAUCAAAAUAAGAAAGAAAAUGACCAACAAAAAGAGGAUCUUCAAAAUUUUGAAUAUCAUAAACACAAUAUUGAUGAAUUAAAAAACAGAAUUGAUGAAUUGAGAGAAAAGGGUGAACGUUUAGAAGCUGAUAAUGAGAAAAAACUUCGGGCAAUUACUCAACAAUUGAUGAGACGUAAACAUUGGGAUGAAUAUCAAAAAGAGAAAAAAGAAAAGCAAAAACAUAGAAAAGAACGAAUUCUUGAAGAACGAAAAAAAAUGAGAAUGGAAGAGGAUGAAGGAGAUGAGGAUGAAUAUCAAAAUGAUAGGGAAGAAAGAUAA